GUUGAAUGAAAACGUUAGUGGUACAAAUACAGGCAGAGUGACAGGGCUAGACCCAUUACUCAGGACUACCCUCAGCGACUUCCGAAGGGUCAGCAAAGGCAAGAAGGAAUUUACACACGCAAGGGUUUCAGGUUGAGCACCAAAAUGGCACGUCUCCUGAGCUUUAUCUGCUUGUUGUGCCUGGUUGGAGCAGCUCUUGGACAGGACAUGCCUUACGAGGAAUUGAUGGCCCAGAUCCAAGCCUGCCCUCGAGAGUGUCACUGCCCUCCCAACUUUCCUCGGGCUGUCUACUGUGACAAUAAAGGCCUCAAGAGCAUUCCUAAUAUCCCUCCAUACACAUGGUAUCUCUACCUCCAGAAUAAUCUAAUUGAAGCACUGUCAAAAGAUGCUCUGCGUAAUGCUACACAGCUGCGCUGGCUGAACCUGAACCGCAAUAAAAUCACAAGUGAAGGUGUGGAAGAAGGUGUCCUCAGUGGAAUGUCUCACCUCGCUCAUCUGUACAUGGAUGACAACCUCUUGUCUUCUGUGCCAUCUCCCCUGCCUGCCAGCCUAGAGCAUCUACGACUAUCUCGCAAUCGUAUCUCCAAGAUCCCUGCUGGUGUUUUCUCUGGUCUCGAUAAGCUCAACCUCUUGGACCUUCAAGGAAACAAGCUGAUGGAUGAUGCUGUGACAGAAGUGAGCCUCAAGGGUCUAAACACCCUCGUACAGAUCAACUUAGCCAAGAACCAGCUGACCAGCAUGCCUCUUGGACUACCACCCACCACCACCCAGCUUUUCCUAGAUGGUAAUAACAUUGAGAAGAUUCCAGCUGGCUACUUUAAAGGUUUACCAAAGGUGGCAUUUGUGAGGCUCAACCACAACAAGCUUGGCAGCAGUGGAGUCCCCAAGAACGUGUUUAACGUCUCCAGUAUUUUGGACCUGCAGCUGUCCCACAAUCAGCUGACUGAAGUGCCCGUCAUUCCAUCUGGUCUCGAACACCUGCACCUUGAUCACAACAACAUUAAAAAUGUAACAGGUUCCAGUGUCUGUCCUGUUUCACUCGACACUCUGGACGACACCGUCAAUGACAGCGCUCCUCGACUGCGCUACCUCAGACUGGACGGCAACGAUAUUAAACCACCAAUUCCCAGAGACAUCAUUCUGUGCUUCCGUCUCCUGAGUUCGAUUGUCAUCUAAAAUAUGAACCAGCAUUUUUUCGGGUAAUUCUAAUUACCCACAUGCGGUUACUUGGAAAUGUCAACUGAUGACACAUUGUAUGUUUGUUGAACUCAAAUCAGACGUUAGUUGGCAUCAACUUAUUUUAUUGCAAUAAAUGCAUAUUUCAUCAGAAUUUGACAACAAUCUAAAAGGAACUGAUGGAUACGAAGCUUCAGUCUGUUGACCACUAGUUGUGCCUUUUGUUAGUAUAAACAUCUGCAUGUAAAAUUCUGAAUAAAAACCAGAAUAUAAAGUAGCAUGACAGCAUAGUGAGAAACAUAGGAGGACAAUAUGUAUUUAUAACAUGUGGUACAAUCUGAGGAUUGGGAUUAAUCUAAUCUAAGCAGGAAACAAAAUUUAUAAAUGAGUAGGUUUUUACUUAGGCUUUUUCAAUACUUUUUUCUAUUUUUUCAGGAAAACUUUUCAAACAUGAUGCAUAUUUGUAGAACUAAGACUAAAUGAGCGUCAGCUCUUGUUACAUGAGAUAAAUUAGUCUGUACUACAUAUAUGCAUAUUUACUGUAGGUAAUUUAUUUUUAUUUAAAUACUACAAAAAAUAAGUUUAAAACUGAGAACCAUAUGAAUAUAUAUGAACAAUAUUUCCUUUAAGUUUUGUACACAAAACUGUGAUAUUUGUUUUUAAGAAAUGCCAAAUUACUUCAUUCUGAUCAUUCUCUGUCUGUGUGAGAGAAUUCAUUUCAUUUGUUUUCAAUCUCAAUAAACUUAAUAAACAUUG